AUUGUCUUGUAAAUAAUUACAUUGUUUUGAUUUGGCAUUUAAAGUUUUAUCAAUAAUAUCUCUUGCUUCUGAUUAUGCUAAUUAUAAAAUUAAUUUGCAUACUGUUUUUAAAAAUGAAUAAAUUAUCAGCAAUAAAUUAUCAUCAACACUACUGUCAUACAUUAUAAUUACAAUAAAAAAUAUCAGGAUCCAUACGCAGCAAUGGAUCUUUUGUCCCAGGAGCCGUUAUUUUCCACAGAUCCCAGCACAGUUGGUUUUGACAUAUCAGCUGGCAAGAGAUGGAUCUAUCCCGAAAAUUAUCCCGUACGCGAGUACCAAUUUUCAAUUGUAAAAACGUCACUGUUUCAAAAUACGUUAGUGUGUCUGCCAACUGGAUUGGGCAAGACAUUUAUCGCAGCUGUUGUUAUGUACAAUUUUUGGCGUUGGUAUCCACGUGGUAUUAUUGUAUUCCUAGCACCAACAAAACCACUUGUGGCUCAACAAAUCGACGCGUGUCAUGACAUAAUGGGAAUUCCAAUCAGCGAGACAAUACAACUAACAGGUGUGAUUCACCAAAAAGAACGUAAAAUAGCUUGGCAUGAAAGGCGCGUUAUUUUCGCAACACCUCAGACCUUCCAAUAUGAUCUGGCUAAAAAUAUAAUUCCCAAAGAACUAGUAAAGUGUGUAAUAAUUGACGAAGCGCAUCGUGCUCUAGGUAAACACGCUUACUGUGAAUGCAUCCGUAUGUUGAAUGAAAAAAAUAAAUUUUAUAGGCUCGUAGCUCUUUCAGCAACACCAGGAAGCAAGCUAGAAGCUGUGCAGGAAGUUAUCAACAAUCUCCAUAUAUCACGAUUAGAACUACGCGAUGACGCUUCACCGGAUAUUCUACCGUAUAUCAACCAAAAAAAUAUUCAAAUUGUUGAAGUCGGUAUGAAUGAUCAGUUUAAAAAUUUUUACGACCGCUAUAUAAAUAUAAUGGAUCCACUGUACCGCGUUCUAUUAAAAAAUAAUAUUAUAAAAAUGGACAUUUCAUCAUUGAGCAAAGGAAAAAUGUUCUAUAUACGAAAUGAUUUUCAAAAAAAUAAAAAUAAAAGAUUCAAUUACGGGGAAUUGUAUAAUACGAUUAAUAUUUUAUCUACUAUGGUCUAUGCUAAAGACUUGAUGAUUUAUCAUGGGCUGAGAACUUUUCAUAAAUUCUAUCAGAAUCAUUCAGACAAGCCGUGGAUCAAUGGAAAACCGGAGCUACUGGAAUUACUUGACGAGGUCAAUCAGUAUCUCGGUUCCUUUCCUGACAUACAGGAAUUAAUUGAUGGCAAUGAUAAAGCAUUUGCUGAUAUGAAUGUCGUCUAUGGACAUCGUAAAUAUGAAAAGUUACAAGAAAUACUUACAGAUUAUUUUACAAAUGCUGAAGAAAAUAAAAUCAGUACACGAGUUAUCGUAUUUUCAGAAUUUCGUGAGUCUGUUAGUGAGAUUUAUGUUUCGCUUUAUAAAUUACAACCUCUGAUAAGACCGCAGAUAUUUGUGGGUCAAGCUCAUUUGAUGAAUCAAGCGCAGCAGAAAAAGGCAAUUGAAAAUUUUCGUAACAAUAAAGUAAAUGUUUUAAUUUCGACGUCUGUUGGUGAAGAAGGUUUGGAUGUUGGCGAAGUUGAUCUGAUUGUCUGCUUUGAUACCACGGGAAAAGGACCAACGCGUUUGGUUCAACGGAUCGGUAGAACUGGAAGGAAACGUGACGGCCGGGUCAUAGUUCUUGUCACUGAUGCUAAAGAACACCAGACAUUAAAAUCAGCUUUGAUUUCAAAGGACAAUCUCAAUGCCAAAGUGAUGCAGUCGAGACAAGUAAAGGAGGCAUUGAAUGAUAAUUCCCCUCGUAUGGUUCCAGAUGAUCUGGAACCUGAGUGUUUGAAAAUGAAGAUGACUGUGAUACCUGUGACCCCACGUACCAAGUCCAAGCGAAAGGUUGGUGAUAAAAAGAAAGCUAAAGCUCAGCCUAAACGCAAGUACACAAAAAGGAAAUCAAAAGAUAAUUUUGAAGAAGCUGAAGAUGCUGAAGUUGAAAUGGAAGAGACUAUAAGUAAAUUUAAUAAAACUCGUACGAAAAAAGGCAAGCAGUCGUCGCUGAUGAGCUUUUUUCAACAGUCAACGGUUUCGAACUGUCGGGACAGCAGCAUGCAAGAUGACGAAGUUGUUUGUAUGAGAGUCGAAGAAGUAUCGCGAGCGGUACCUCAAGUAAUAAGUCAAUUAAUAAAUUAUAAUAAUGUACGAAUUAAGCCAACUAAUGCUAAACUCUUGUCUUCUGAUAAUGAGGCUGAUAAUUUUUUGACGCUCUGCGCAAUGAAGGAGUCUGAAAAAAAUAUAAAUCAAAAUAAUAAAAUAUUAAACUUUAUAUAUAUGCCUAAUUUUGUAAAUAAUGAAGAUAUGCUAGAUAAUUUUAAAAUACCCUCUCUUAAAGUCUUAGAUUGUAUUGUGUCAUUAACCGAGUACGUGCCACCGGUUCAAGAAGAGCUGGAUGAGUUUGAUGAAUUUUAUAAUGACUUAGGCGACUGGGAUAAUGAUUUUGUUGGCUAUAAUCAACAAGAUGAUUGCAAUAAUUAUCACGAAGCUCACAGUAGUUAUCAUGACUAUCAAAAUCAAAGUAAUUACUAUCAGGAUAAUGGUAAUUGUAGUAAAGAAAAUUAUUUUAUGAACCAGAAGAGCAAAUUCGAGGCAUUGCUGGACGAUUCCACAGACGAUGAUGAUCUGUACCAACCGGAUGAAAUACUUCCGCCUCAUGAGAGGAUUAAUUUGACUGAAGACAUCCUUGAUGUAACGAAUACUGAUGAUCGAACGAAGCGCAAUCAAAGUGAAGGUACUCUGAAUGAGACUAUUUCUGUUGUCACCGGCGGUGCUUUUGAGGAUCUCCUCAAUACUUCUUCAGAUGAAAGUGUUGAGGAAAUUAAUAGCAGUCCCAGCAAAUCUGAGAGUAGUUUAAAUAGAUUAGAAAUCAAGCAAGCAAAGGAUGUUUCAAUGAACUGUCAAGUAGAUACUGUACCUGUGGUAAAUAAUUUAGAUUCUGAUACGUUACUGGUUAAUAGAUUAGAAGCUAAUGAUGUAGGGAUUAGUGAUUGUGAAGAAGAUGUAGUACCAGUGAAUGAUUUGGAAGCAGAUACAAUACCAGUGAAUGAUUUAGAAGCAGAUACGAUAGCAGUAAAUAAUGUAGAAGUAGAAGUUAAUAAUUUAAGAGCAGAUAAAAUUCCUGUUACUGAUUCUGAUACAUUAAUAAUUAGUAAAUUACCAGAAUCUGGGGAAAGUCAAAUUAAAAAUGACAAAAAAACUUCAAGUCAGGUAUUAACACAAGAUAAUUUUGAUAAUAUUGAUUUUGAAAGUGAUUUUGGGUCUUGGGAAAAAGAAAUUUUUCAACGUAAUGUUACAUCACAAGAUAAUAAAAAUAUUAUGGAUUCAAAUGAUACUUUGUCUAGUAAAAAUAAAGCGGUUAAUAGUUUUGAUAAUGUCAAACGUUCAACAAAUCUAGUCAUUAGUUCACAAAACCCGUCAAUUAACACAGACUUGAAUUAUAGAAAUAAAUUAAUAAAUAUAAGUAACGGAGAGAUAGACGGUAGUAAAAAGGAUGACUGUCAUUCUCCUGAUUUAGUGAGACAUUCAAAUCACCGUAGGUCAACUCAAUCAAAAUUAAACCGUACUCUUGACUUUUUGGGUAAACAAUCAUUAGAAAUGACAGAGAACUCUUACGGAAAUAUUCAUUCGACUGCGCAAUCGGAUGAUGAUAUUUUUGAUAAUGAAAGUUUGAUAGCUGACUCGGAUUUUGAAGAUCAAUUACGCGCUGUUGAAAAUUCAAAUGAUUUUGAUAAAAUAAGUAGCAGUAAUAUAAAAGAUUGUAAUAAUAAAAAUAAAGUAGAUAAAUUAAAAGACUUAGAUAAUAUUAAAAAUAGUUUACCAUUAAGUUGUUCUAGUCCUGUACAAUUGAAAAUAAAUGACAGAAAUUUACCAUUAGAACCAAUUAAUGUUGAUAGUAAUUUAAUAGAGACUUAUGUUGAUGAUUGCAAUUGGGACAGUGAUUUUGAAACAUCUUCUGCGCCAAUAACUGAGUGUAAAUAUUUUGGAAAUUAUUCUGAAACUGUUUCUGAAAAUAUUCCUACGACAAGUAAACAAUCAACUAAUGAUAAAGUUAAUGUGCAGCGAAGUCAGAAAGAAAAUAAUCCGAAUUGGUUAUCAGCAAAGACUGCGGAUAGUAAAAAAAUUAAUCAAGAAAAUUCAUUAUUAAAAACAAACAAAUUUGGUAAAAAUCGUUUUCCCGCGCUAAAGUUUAAUUCUAGAUCUAAUCUACGAAAAGAUUCUUCAGACUCUGACAGUGAUUUUGCACCGACGAAAAUAGUCAAAAAUGUUUUCCAUAAUCGAGAAAAUAUUUACAAUAAUGAAAAAAAAUUAACCAGUGAUUCAACUUUACCAGUUAAUAAUAAUAUCAUUAGAAAUAAAUUUGUUCUGCCAAAACCCAAUAGUCCGAAGUCAUUAUCUUUGAGUAAUUUAACAAAAUUUGCGGCACCAUCUAGAGCAACAUCAAAAUUAUCAUCGUCAUCUAAAACAACGGGUACAGUGUCUACUUCUUCGUGGAUUGAUUCCAAGAAGUCUAGUUCACUUGAUAGUUUUCCGAAGAGAAAACAAUCGCGAGAAAAGAACAGAAAAAAAAGAAAAAGAAAUGGUUUCAUUGAUGACGAAGCUGAAGUAUCGGGUGAUGAUCAUUCACCAGGACAUUCGGGAGAUGAUGAUGAUGGUGCUGAUUUAGAAGACUUUGUUAGCUAUUCUCAGUAUCAUGAUAAUUCGGUUGAUAUGAAAGCUCAUUAUUUGCAAAGUGUAAAAAGCCCGCGUAGACCUGGUAAAUUUUUAAUACGAAAACCUAAAUCACCGCCGCCAGAUUUACGAAUUUAUUCUCAAAUAAUUCCUGAUGAACCUAAUACGUAUCUUUAUGAUUCAUUUUGCGUUGAAGAUGAUGAAAUUCCUGAAGAACUUUCUUCGGAUGAAGUGACGGUAAUUGAAAUAAAUAAUUCAAAAAAUAAAAAAAAAAGAAAACGUGAUAGUUCGCAAGAUACUCGAUCUAAACGAAAAAGAAUAAUUAUAAAUUCAGACACCAGCGAUGAUGAAAUUGAAAUAUUACGCGUACAAAUUGCUGAUGAAUCAUUGAUGUUAAAAAAUAAAUAAUCAUAAUUAUUAUUAUAAUAUUUGUUGUAAAAAUUAAGUUUGUUAUUUUUCUUACUCGUUACAGCGGGAUAAUUAAAUUUUGUUACAAGAUUAUUUUUUUAUUCUAUUAUAUAACUACAAAA